UAUAACAUACUUUAAUGAAGUGUUCCGUGACUUCUGUGGCCAAGCUAAUGAAGCUAACUUCAAUAGCUUAGCUGGCUAAUUUUGCACUGGAAUCACGUUAGUUAGCAUUUGGCUAUCAAAACGAGCACAGCAGUAACUCCAAGAUACAAGUAUGAGCUGCCCUCCCACCAAGCGUCUCCGAGGCCAGAACCAGGAUGUAGUGACAGCAGUUGCCUUCAACGACACUUUUGGAGAUGAUGAUGAGUUCACCCAGGCGGACUUGGAUGAAAUAGACAUCAUCGCCUCACAGGCCAUAACUUCGGCAGGGCCAGAGACCAAACCAGUAACCAAACCGAGCCAGCCAGCCCACGAGUCACACCGGGCAGUGUCUGCAGGACCGAGCAAACCACUGAGCAGAGCCGAACCCAGUCAGACCAGAGAAAGCACAUUUGGAGUGAAAAGAGGAAACGCUGGUCUUGGUAACCUGCAGCAGAAGUUUGGAUCAGAUGGCGAGGACUCUUUCAGACUCCUGGAGGCCCAGUAUGCAGAGCUGAAGAAGAAGUUGAUGGAAGUUGAAGAAGAGAUUCUGCUGAAGAGUGGGGAGAUUCGGGUCCUGAGAGACUCUCUGAAAGCAGCUCAGCAGGAGAAGGAGGCUCAGAGACAGACCCAGGUCCUGCGGGAGACUCAGAGGCAGAAGGAGCAGAGUGAAAAGGAGAAGGAGCUCAACCGGAAGGUUCAGUCUCUGCAGUCUGAGCUGCAGUUUAAAGAAGCAGAAAUCAUUGACAUGAAGACCAAACUUCUCAAUUCAGACAAAACUAAGAUGCCCUCUCCGGUGGCUAGAAACAGUCCAAACGUGCUCAGCACUUUAGCCCAGGUGCAUCAUGGGAGCGGCAGCUCCUCUUCCUCUCCGGUAGGAAAUGGUUUCAUCACCAAGGAGACGUUUGGAGGCCAGAUAUCAUCCAGAACAACGCCGAUGAAAACCCCACUGAAGGCACGCAGAGAUGCAGACAGAGGAGCAUCCAGCAGCAGGUCAGGUGAAGGUUCUGAUCCAGACCCCUUCCUGGCUGUCUGUCCUGCACACUUACAGGCAGAGCACAGAGGUGGAGUUCUUCUUGGCUUGUUGUUGCAGCAACCACUCUCUCCUUACAGCCUUGGCCUUACUCACCUGCUGUCUAUGAGUGGGACUAAUUACAGUCAGCUGUGUACUGGCCUGCAGCUACACUCCGAUCCUUCUGAUGGAGCCAGUCCUGUUGGAGACCCCAGAGCAACCCUGAGUCUGGUCCAGAGCCUGGCUGCGACUGGACUCAACAUGCUGAGUCAGAGCCGAGCAACAACUGCAGGCAGCAGCAGAAACAUCAGGUCAUGUUCUGGGGCCGUUCUCCUCCUCCCCCUGUUGGACCUUCUCCUGUCUCAGCUGUGCCGAGCUCUGGACUCGCUCCGUUCAUCCUCCACUGGCAGCGGAGGCUCAGACUCUACAGCUCCCACUUCACUCCCAUCAGACCAAACUGUUUCGGGCUCUCCUGGGCUGGAGAGAUGGGAGCAGACUGGUUUAACUGCGCUGUGGCUCCUUUAUGUCCUUCUGGCCCACAGUGAUGAGGUGGUGAUGGCUGUGUUGUCACAGGAGAAUCAGUCUACAGACAAGACGAACCAGCCUUCUGCACACAUGGGUCCCUGCUCCCAGAAUGCUUUGCUUCAGUCCCUGCUGCGGUUGUGUGACAUGCGGCUCUGCGGUAGCAGCUCACAAAAGGAGGCCCUUAUCUGUAACGCGCUGAAGACACUGUGUGUCCUCAUAAAAAGGACUCCGCACACACAUUCUGACAGGUUGCAGUGUGUGUUGCAGGCGGUGGUGUUGUGUUUAUCCUCGGAUAUUCCAGCGCAGGCACUUUCAGAGUGGGUGUCUGUUCUCGCAGCAGUGACUGACCAUCAGAAACUGGCCGAGCAGCUCUGCUCUCAGCACGAUCCGUGUGUUUUCUUGAAGUUGUUCCAGUUCAUCAGAACCCCACCAGACAACCAACCAGCUCACACGGACUUGAUUCUGCUGCAUCUGCAGGUGGUGCAUUUGUUGAACAGACUGACUCAGAGCACAAACAGCUGGACGAACUCUGUGCAGAACACCUGUCAGUGUUAUGCGGAGCUGGUUCAGACCACUGUGAUUAUUUUGCACCGUCAGUGGUUAGAGCUCCGUGGUUCUCAGGAGCCAGCAGAGUCGGCAGGUCUGGUGCUGGAGCAGAAUUCCAGCUCGUGCACGCCGUGGUGGAGCAGCCAUGCUGCGUCUCUGCUCAGAGAGUGUCUGCUGCUGCUGCACUGGCUGCUGCUGCAUCAUGGCAGCUUUUCAGAAAGCUGCAGGCCGCUGCUGCACAUGUACGACCAGGUGAUCCCUGCUGUACGGGAAACGCUACGGAAGAUCCCUGAGCUGAGUGAGAGUGAAGUGCUGGCCUUGGAGGAAAUCUGCCGCUCAGAGGGCGAUGACACCGACAUGGACACCGACGUCGACUCGUAGCUGGCUGCUACCGGAGUCCAUCAGUGACAGGAGGGACGGUUUAUAAUCUGUUGAUCAGAUGUUUCAGACUGAGCUGAGGACAGAGUCUACCUCCGUAACACUGAAGUGAAAGUUUGAGAGAUGCGAUGGAUCAGAGGUGACGUCUGACCCAAGCGAAGG